CGUGAGAAGAAGAAACCCGCACGUUCCUUUUUGGGCCUCGUCGGCCGCCGUCAAGUCUCGAAGGAAACAUGGACGGGUCCCCUCCGUCAUACUGCACUCUGUGGGAUACAAAGAAGCAGUCCAGGUUCCUUUGCUACACACGACGAGAACACGGAACAUGGAACGUCUGUUUGACAGAUGCAGCCGAUGUUUGGAGCACAGAAGACACGGAGGACACAUGGAACCAGUGUAGACAGAGAUUUGCCUUGAACUCUCCAGAGGAUUAUAUUCUAAAACUCAGGUCGGCCUGUGGAAGAGGGGAAGGGUCUGUUGUGGUGCGUGACACCAGUGCAGAGCUCCACGUGAGCUCCGGUCCCGGUGAGCAGAGCGUGACCCUCUCCAGACUGGAAGGCCCACAGGCUGCAAAGGAGCUGAAGGAGCUGCUGUUCAGGAUGGCUGACCGCCUCACCCAGCCUGAAGGUGGAUCUCCUUCUGUCAGUCCAGUGAGAAAUCCCCAAAGGCGGCCCACAGAGUUUGAACCCCAGCAGCAGCAGAGCUGUGCUCCAUCGCUGGCGAUGAAGAAACGACUUCCAGGGGCUUCUCUCAUUAACCCAGGAGCUAAAAGAACGCGCCAAGCGACUGGCGUGGCCUUUGAUGACGAAGACUGACCCUUCAGACAGGCUCUCACGUUGCUGCACACCCAAAGAUGAAUGUGCUUUUAAUCCACUAACGCAACAGCAUGACGCUUUUUUAAAUCACUGCAUUUAUGUGUCUACCUUUUUUUUGAAUGGUAUUUUAAUCUGUGAAAAUGAAAUAAAGAAUAAGUUGCACGAAA